AUGAAAGGUCGAGGCUGCGGUAAGAUCAAGAGCGAGACAAUGCCGCCGUCCUCGCACACCAACUGGACGAGGCCGUUGCUCAAGGGCGGACAGACGACGCAGAUGCAGGCCAUCAGGCAGCAGCAACCGACGACGAUGACGAUGGCGACAACGACGAUGACGUCUUCGAUGGCUACUGGAGCACAGAAUCAAAAUCUCGUGGAGCAUCCUGCGACGCCGCUUGACAAGAGGAUCAAGGUAGUCCUGGUGGGUGAUGGUGCGGUCGGCAAAACCAGUCUGGUGGUCUCGUACUCCACCAAUGGCUUCCCUGGGGAAUACGUGCCAACUGCAUUUGAUAAUUACAAUGUGGUUGUAAAUGUCGACGGACAACCACUGAAUGUCCAGCUGUGUGACACCGCAGGCCAGGAUGACUUUGACCCACUGAGAUCAUUGUGCUACCCUGAGACAGAUGUGUUCCUUGUUUGCUUCAGCGUGGUGUGUCCCGCGUCUUACAACAGUGUGGCUUCCAGAUGGAUCAAUGAAGUGCGAAAAUAUUGUCCCAAUGCUCCAAUCAUUUUGGUAGGAACAAAAAGUGACUUAAGAUCGGACGUACGUCUAAUGCUACAGCUGGCAAGAUACGGUCAGGCACCAAUCACCACUAUCCAAGGCCAUCAAUUGGCGCACAGACUAGGCGCCGUCAAUUACGUAGAGACGUCUGCGUUGACGCAACACGACCUCAAGGAGGCCUUUGAUCAGGCAAUAGUUAGUGCCCUCAAUACGCGACGCGGAGGCGCCAGUUUACUAUACCGGCGUAGGAAGCCGCCUCCGCUGUGGCGUAGAUGGUUGUGCUGCUGGGAGCGGUCGUCUUCGAGCGAGACCUAAACAAUCGUCUAUUUUUAAGUGAUAAACUCUAAUACUUCUUUAGAAUCCCUCUGUGAUCAUAGGCGGUCGUCCUCCUUCUUGUCAGAAUCAUCGUCAUCCCUCAGCAUGGCAUACUCGGUAGCUGCGUUGAUUGGGGAUUAUCUCGUUGUAAAAAUAGAGCAGCUAGUACUUUGUUAUUUAGAUUUUAGGCAUAACGACUAUUAAUAGAUACUCGCGCGAAUGAAUCGAGAGCAACCCUGUAAGUUGCACGCGACGCUUUAACGUGGUUCACUCAUCUCCAUGCGUCACCUAAUACGUAAUUUUUAUACUUAACAUUAAAUACUUUUUUCACAUGUUUACUAACAAACUGCCAGAACAAAACACCAAGUGAUGAUAUUAGCUAGUAGUAGCUUAGUAAAAUCAUACAGCGCCAGACAUAGUAAUCUGGCGCAGAAAGUCGUGCAUCUGUUCUCUGUGUCGAAGAUUCAGGUUGAAAUUCUACUGAUCAGAAACGUCUAAUUUUAUUCUAUCUCUUGGAAUGUAAUGGUAAAUCACCGAAAGUAUCUUGCCAUGAAAACCCCUCUAAAUUAUGCCAGUUUGGAGCUGAUGUUUACACUGUAGGUUCUGUAAUCUGUAUAAAUUGUAAAAAGCGCACACCACAGAAAUACAUUGAGGGGUCAUUAAGCCAGAGUAGACCACUGGACCAAAUUUAUCAUUAAAAAAUUCUUUUCGCGUGUUAAAUAAAGCAAAAUAUAUCUGACAAGAGCUCUUCUUUUAAUAGCACGAUAAAGCAAUGUGUAAAACUAUCGUUUUAAGUCUGAGUUGGAAAUUAUUUGGUAAUUUCCAACUCAUAAAACAAUGGUUUUACACAUUGCUUUAUCGUAUCAUUAAGUGUGAAAGCAAACGCAAAUACAUAAUCAUGUCUAAUUCGCGUUUACUUAAAUGAUCUGUAAUUAAGGGUUGCUCGGCGAUAUCGCGGUACAAUUUAAGAAUAUACUUACGAGCGAUCUUGUCGGGAGCAAACAUUAGUUGAAUUAAGAAUUCUGACAGACGGAGCGAGCGAAUGCCGCCCUCGUAAAAUUCCUGAGGCCGCGCACGGCAUAAUUUAUUGUAAUAUUAAUCAUAUUAAUCAUUAUUUUUGUUACAAUACUAGCAUAAUAAUUGGCUACUCGCUGGUUGUGAUUUUUCGUGUACGUAAUAUCCUUGUUUUCAAUUGCCGCGAUAAAGAUUGAUUUUUUCCCAUGUUCUCUGUCCUCCCCUGUCAAGGAUAUUAGGUGGCCCCUUUUUUUACGACCACCGUAGCGUAUGACAAUUGUAUAUUUUUUACUUGUUACGACCUCUUUAUAUAUAUAAAUAUAUAUUUAUUUUUUAAUAUCUCUUUGAUAUAUCGGUAUUUUAGUAGAGUAUAACGGUAGCUUUAAUCAGACACUUUUUGCAGAUCGACGAUAAGAUCGUGACACAUCACACAUAUAGAAUUUAUAUAGCGUAUAAGCGAUUCCCCGAUCUAGAAACGGGAACAAUGAUAUUUCGUAAAAUAUGUUUUUUUUUUAUAUAAGCGUAUGUGAUGUAAUAGCGUUUGUACGAGCGAUAUCAACCGUAUAAAAGAAUAUCAAAUACAAUAAUUAGCGAAAAAGAGAGAAAACGCGAGUACGUACGAAUAUUGGACGUACUUGGGAUUGUUAUAUUAGGAAGGUGUUGCUGUGAUCUAACUCGAAACUUUCUACUGGUAAUUCUACUGUGUGUUUCGCAUAUGGAAUUGUAUGAAUAAGACUGCAGAAAAGAUUCAAAGACUCUGCACAGUAUCGUAGGCUUAAUCAGCUGUAACACUUCAUUUCCAUCACAUGACAUCAUCAAAAAUAAAUUGUAUAUAAGUAUUUAUUCAUCGAAAAA